AGCAGAGGUCCUCAAACUUUUUAAACAGGGGGCCAGUUCACUGUCCCUCAGACCGUUGGAGGGCCAGACUAUAGUUUAAAAAAAAAAACUAUAAACAAAUUCCUAUGCACACUGCACAUAUCUUAUUUUGAACAACAAAAAAAAAACGGGAACAAAUACAAUCACACCGCCUCAUGUGGCCCGUGGGCCGUAGUUUGAGGAACCCUGGUCUAAAGGCUCAAAGUUGGCGGGAAGAACGCUUGAAUUAAGGGGUCUUCUUCUAUCAUGUGGGUCCAGACCAGAGUCAGGUUGGAGAGGAAGCCAUGGUCUAAUGGACUGAUUUUUUUAAAAAGUUUAUAGCUGGGCGUUGUGGCGGGUGCCUGUGGUCCCCAGCUACUCGGGAGGCUGAGGUAAGAGAAUCACGUAAGCCCAGGAGUUGGAGGUUGCUGUGAGCUGUGAUGCUACAGCACUCUACCAAGGGCAAUAAAGUGAGACUGUCUCUAAAAAAAUAAAAGUUUAACAAGAUCUUAGGGUUGUGAGUCCUGAUGUAAUCUUUGCCCUAGGCCUCUGUAAAAAGUUUAACAAGAUCUUAGGUUUCUGAGUCCUGAUGUAAUCUUUGCCCUAGGCCUCUGUUGGCUAGAGCACCUUGUCAUCAAGCGUCUGUGCCUGCAUCUAAAGGGGAGAGGACAGGGAGGCAGGCCCAGCACCCCUUCAUGAUGGCCAGGAAGUCAGUUCUGAGGGCAUGAAGAAUACAGUGACCACUGGUGCCUUAGGCACUGGGCCGGGACUUGUGCUGAGGAGCCUGCAGUUCACCUGGUCUGCUCCGCUCACCCGUGGGAAUGACAGCACAGUGACAAUGACAGAUAACGUCUGACAUCAUUUCAACUGUUGAAUUUAAUUAUUCUGGAGAUCUUCUUGCUACGGGAGACAAGGGCGGCCGAGUUGUUAUUUUUCAGCGGGAACAAGAGGUCCCAAUAUUGAAGCCCAUGGACCUUAUGGUAGAAGCAAGUCCACGGCGAAUUUUUGCAAAUGCUCACACAUAUCACAUAAAUUCCAUUUCCGUAAAUAGUGACCAUGAAACAUAUCUUUCUGCAGAUGACCUGAGAAUUAAUCUGUGGCAUUUGGAAAUCACAGAUAGGAGUUUUAACAUCGUGGACAUCAAGCCAGCCAACAUGGAGGAGCUGACGGAGGUCAUCACGGCGGCUGAGUUCCACCCACUGCAGUGCAACGUGCUGGUCUACAGCAGCAGCAAGGGCACCGUACGGCUGUGUGACAUGCGCUCCUCGGCCCUGUGCGACAGACACUCCAAGUUUUUUGAAGAGCCUGAAGACCCGAGCAGUAGGUCCUUCUUCUCUGAGAUCAUCUCGUCCAUUUCCGAUGUGAAGUUCAGCCACAGCGGGCGCUACAUGAUGACCCGGGACUACCUGUCGGUAAAGGUGUGGGACCUCAACAUGGAGACCAGGCCAGUGGAGACGCUCCAGGUCCACGAGUACCUGCGGGGCAAGCUGUGCUCCCUGUACGAGAACGACUGCAUCUUCGACAAGUUCGAGUGCUGCUGGAACGGCGCGGACAGUGCCAUCAUGACCGGGUCCUACAACAACUUCUUCAGAAUGUUUGACAGAAACACGCGGAGGGACGUGACGCUAGAAGCCUCCAGAGAGAACAGCAAGCCCCGUGCCAGCUUGAAACCGAGGAAAGUGUGCACGGGGGGCAAGCGGAAGAAAGACGAGAUCAGCGUGGACAGUCUGGACUUCAACAAGAAGAUCCUUCACACAGCCUGGCACCCUGUGGAGAGCAUCAUUGCUGUGGCUGCCACCAAUAACUUGUAUAUAUUCCAGGACAAAGUCAACUAAGGAGCCAUCUGGGGGCCAAGUCUCAUCUCACACAGUUACGCGGGUCGUUUUUCCGUCCGCUCCAUUGAGAACAUGAUGCACUUGCUCCUUCCCUCACAGACGCGGGACAGAAGCAGCCUGGGCUGGAGGCCAGCAAGCUGUGCCCUGGUGGCAGGGGUGCUGCUGCUCGCAGGAAAGCCCUCUGGAUGCACCGUCGACAGACAUCGCUCCAUAAAGGCCAUUGCUCAAAAUAAAUGUAUUUAUUUAAUUC